AUGUGGAUGAUGGGAUACAAUGAUAGUAGUGACUUCAAUAUGAUUCCGGAUUCCGCCUUCAACGGUCGGAAGAUUCGUCCUCUCGUUCCCAGGACGCACAACAACAACAACAACAACAACAGUUCAACAAGCACACAUGUUCCGCCUUGUUUCAGUCGAAUUCACGCUGCGUCUGAUUUCUUAGCACAGUAUCACCAGCUGGGUGAACAAAGAGGGAUGAGGGAGUUCAACACAGUGCCUCAGGUAGUGGUGAGCUCGAGAUGGAACCCCACGCCGGAGCAGUUGAGGGCACUAGAAGAGUUAUAUCGACGAGGGACUCGAACUCCAUCGGCUGAGCAGAUUCAGCAAAUCACUGCUCAGCUUCGAAGGUUUGGAAAGAUUGAGGGAAAGAACGUGUUCUAUUGGUUCCAAAACCACAAGGCAAGAGAGAGGCAGAAACGCCGUCGCCAGAUGGAAUCUCACGACGACCUUCAACUCAUGUGUUCCGCAGAUCACCAAAAGAAGGAAUCAUUAGCUUUGCCCUCAUUCUCAUUUCUCAUUCAUGUCGUUUGCCCACCGAUUCGGGCACCGCUCUCUGACCAUCACACUCCAUGCAAAAAGACAAUUGUAGCCCUAAACCCUAAUGAGUUUUUCUCAAGUGUGCAGGAAACAGUAAAAGCAGGAGCAGAAGAAAACAGGACGGAAGGAUGGGUCCAAUUCGAUGAGGAAGAAUUGCAGCAACUUCAACAACAGCAAAGAAGGAAUUCCAUGCCUGUGGAAAAGAAUGCCACUUGGCAGAUGAUGCAGUUGUCUUGUCCUCCUCCUCCUCCUUCUGUUCCUUCUCUUCAUGACCUCACCCACCUCAUAAACGCACCCACUUGUCCUAGAGCGACAGUAAGAACAAUGGGGAUGGACCAAAAGCAGCUCAUCAAUAACCCUAACAAUAAGACUAGUCCUCCUCAUGAUCUCAGCAUCUUUAUAGCUCCCUGCAGGUCCGGCGCUGCCCUUAACGGUCGCCAUCUCCUCCACCACCACCACAGUGUCGAAGAUGAAGAUCAGACUCAAACGCUCGAGCUCUUUCCGCUCCGGAGUAAUACUUGCGGCGAGAAAAGCCAUCUUGCAGCUGAGAAAUCGUCACUGAAUCCUAGUUUCGGCACUGGCCCUAAUUACCAGUUUUUCGAGUUCCUCCCAUUGAAGAACUGA